AUGUCGCUGUCCCACUAUAAAAGCUCCGAACGACUCGGCAAAAGCAUCCAGUGCACAUCUGGAGCCCAGGCUCAACUGUUGUUCUCAAUUCGCAAUGAAGUCCAUGGUGUGGUGGCGCUUGCGCUUGUCGCAGCGGCGGAAGAAAAGAAGGCGGCUGAAGAACCAAAGAAACAAGAAAAACGUGGUCUGGUCGACUUUGGCUACGGACAUAGUGGAUUUGGAGGAGGUCUUGGAGGUGAUCAUGGAGCCCUUCUUGGAGGACAUGGCGGUUUUAUCGGUGGACACGAAGGUCUUGCCGAUCUUAGCGGUUAUGCCGGCGGUUAUGGUGGCUAUCACGGAGAUCACGGUUCCCACAAAACACUUACUGUCGUCAAAAAUGUAGCUGUUCCAUACCCAGUUGAAAAGGUCGUGCAUGUUCCCGUAACCAAGCACGUACCCGUCCCCGUCAAGGUUCCAGUACCACAACCUUACCCAGUCGUUAAGGAAGUGCCGUACCCAGUUAAGGAAAUCGUGAAAGUACCCGUACACGUGCCACAACCCUACCCAGUAGAGAAAACCGUCCAUGUUCCAGUGAAAGUACCAGUCGACCGCCCAGUACCAUACAAAGUAUUCGUCCCACAACCAUACCCAGUCGAGAAGGAAGUGCCAGUAGCCGUCAAAGUACCAGUACCAGCUCCUUACCCAGUAGAAAAGCACGUGCAUGUUCCAGUCAAAGUACCAGUCCACGUACCACAACCCUACCCAGUCGUCAAGCACGUCCCAUACGAAGUCAAGGUUCCAUACGACAGACCUUACCCAGUCCAUGUACCAAAACCAUACCCAGUCCCAGUUGAGAAACACGUCCCAUACCCAGUAGAAAAACACAUCCCAUACCCAGUCAAAGUACCUUAUGACAGACCUUACCCAGUCCAUGUAGAGAAACCAGUACCUUACCCAGUUAAGGUCGCCGUCCCAGCCCCAUACCCAGUCGUCAAGAACGUCCCAUAUCCAGUAGAGAAACACAUCCCAUACCCAGUCAAAGUACCAGUCGAUAGGCCUUAUCCAGUCCAUGUGGAGAAACAUGUACCUUAUCCAGUUGAGAAGCCUGUACCUUACCCAGUAAAGGUCGCUGUACCAGUGGCCGUACACAGCCACCACGAAAGUCAUGACUUUGGUGGACACCACUAUUAG